CCGGCCUUUAUUCCAAGAGGCACGCGAAAGUCGAUAGUCCUCCGCUUCUACUUUUUUUUAGGACUAUGUUGCCCGACUCGUUCCUAUGCUGGGUACUCAAGCUCAAGAACAAGGAGUGUGUGCGGUUUCUUCUCCGUCAUGCAACGGCGACAUAUCGUCUUCAAGUGGUUCAUCAGGGGAUUCGACACGUGAGUUCAACAUAGAGGCAUUGGACCCGCUCACGUCUGAGGACUUCGCAUGGCUUCCUCUCCCGACCACAGGCCGCUUGGUGAGACCGCAAUGCGCAACACUUAGCGCUAAUCUUCACACUUACUUAUCCUUCUAUGCACCACCAACUUCGCCGACGGAUGACGAAGUCGCGGUGGGGGACAUCCUGGCAUAUACUACCAAGGUGGCCCGCGAGUUUCACACGCAGCGGUACGAUGGCAACAACGCACCGCUCAUGUAUGUCCGCAUUCAGGUUGGGCAAGCGUCCUGCAGCACUUUGCUGGAUAGCGGCGCGUCUCGCAAUUUUAUGACUCAAUCCUUUAUGCAAAGGGCUGGCCUUGGCGCACAAGUUCGAAGGAAGGCGAACCCGACGGCGAUCAAGUUGGCGGAUGAAAAGACGCAACAACUUCUCGACCGUCACAUCGAGGCUGUACCGGUCUACUUCGCACCUUAUGCAUGCGAACCGGUGACAUUCGAUAUUCUCGACACGGACUUCGACAUCAUUCUGGGAAUGCCUUGGCUUGCAAGUCCGGAUCACACGGUCAACUUCCAUCGGCGGACUCUUAGCAUUCGCGAUGCCUUCGGCGCGAAAUUCGCCGACAUCUUCGAGUCACCUACCGGUAAGGUGCCGGAUUGGCCGAUCUCUCACGAGAUCAUUCUUGAGGCCGGUGCCGUGCCGCCGAAAGGUUGCAUCUAUCGAAUGAGCGAGGAGGAAUUUGAGGUCCUCCGCGCACAACUUGAUGAUUUACUGGCCAAGGGCUGGAUCCGCCCUAGCAGCUCCCCAUAUGGAGCACCAGUUCUCUUCGUCAAGAAGAAGAACAAGGAUCUACGAUUGUGUAUCGACUACCGCAAGCUCAACGCGCAAACCAUCAAGAAUGCGGGGCCUCUUCCUCGCAUUGACGAUCUUCUUGAGCAACUGGGCGGCGCGAAGUAUUUUUCCAAGCUGGAUUUGAAAUCAGGAUAUCAUCAAAUCUUGAUCCAACCGAACGAUCGCUACAAGACCGCGUUCAAGACGCAGUACGGGCAUUUUGAGUGGGUGGUCAUGCCUUUUGGCCUCACCAACGCCCCGGCGACCUUUCAGGCAGCCAUGACCAAUGAGUUUCGUGCAAUGUUGGACCCGUUCGUGCUGGUCUACUUAGACGAUAUUCUCGUCUAUAGCCGGUCAUUGGAGGAUCAUCUUGGGCAUCUUCGACGAGUGUUGGAGACGCUCCGUCGUGCCAAGUACAAGGCCAACCCUUACAAGUGUGAAUUUGUCCGGCAAGAGUUGGAAUACUUGGGCCAUUUUGUCACACCGGAGGGCAUCAGUCCGGUAUCGGACAAAAUUCAGGCCGUCCAAGAGUGGCCUGAGCCUCGAAACGUCACGGAUGUCCGCUCGUCCCUCGGUCUUACCGGCUACUAUCAAUGCUUCAUCAAAGGCUACUCAAAGAUCGCGGCCCACUUGAACAAGCUUCAAUGCGAGGAUCGAUCAUUUGACUUCGGAGAGGAGGCGCGGGGAUCAUUCUUCGCUUGCAAAGCCGCGCUAUUGUCUGCGGAGGUCUUGCGGAUAUACGACCCGCUCGCGCCUACGCGCAUCACUACGGAUGCAUCAGGCUAUGGCAUUGGUGCAGUCCUCGAGGAACAUGAUGGUGUGAAUUGGCACCCGGUCAAGUACUUCAGCAAGAAAGUGUCCAUCGUGCAUUCCAUUGACGAUGCACGCAAGAAGGAGCUCCUCGCCUUCGUCCACACGCUCAAGCGGUGGUGGCACUUCCUCCGUGGUCGAAGCCAAUUUCGGUGGGUAACGGACAACAAUUCGUUGGUCUUCUACAAGACCCAACACACCGUCAACAGCACCAUCGCUCGAUGGAUGACUUUCAUCGACCAGUUCGACUUCUUUCCCGAUCACAUUCCCGGGAAGUCGAACCGUUUUGCGGAUGUUCUUGCACAGCGUCUGGAUCACUGUACCGCGGUCUACUCAACCUUCGAGAUCGACGAUGAUCUGCGGAACAGCUUCAUCCGCGGCUACCACGCUGACCUCGAGUUUCGCGACAAGUACGCGAAUUGCUCCUCUCCUAAUCCGGCUCCUUCUCACUACCGGAUCCAAGAGGGGUACUUGCUUGUCCACACGCGGGGGAAGGACCUUCUUUGCAUACCGAGUGAUCCUCACUCGCGUACACGCCUUCUUGGCGAGUUCCACGAUGCUCCCGCCACCGGACACUUUGGAGUCAAUCGCACGAUUGGCCGACCUCGCCAGCGAUCUUGGUGGCCCGGCCUUCUCGGCGACGUCACGCGCUAUUGCGAGUCAUGCGAGGUUUGCCGACGCUGCAAAUCCUACAACCAUCAUCCGUACGGCGAGUUACGACCAUUACCAGUCCUGUUGAGGUGACGGAAGCGAUUGCCAUCGACAUUACCGGCCCGUUCCCCAAGCACAAGACCGGAGUGGAUGGGAUUCUCACAGUGGUCGACUGACUCACCAAGUUCGCCAUGUUUUUGCCUUGUCGCUAUCAUGCCAAGGCACCGGAGUUAGCCGAGGUCCUUUACGUC